AUGAACAACGAAAACUUCGUCAGAGGAGAACCCGUCGAUGUACAAGAGGAAUUUGGCGUUAUAGAUAAAGGCAAUGGUCACUAUAUUGGCAAAAAGCCAUUAAUCAAACCCAUUCAUUAUGCUCCUGGAGCCUAUGGUGGAAGUCUUGCAGGACAAGCAGUAUUGGUGGCUAUGAAAUCAGUGCCGCCUGAAUUCAAACCCCAUUCAUUGCAUUCAUUUUUUGUUAGAGCUGCAACUACUGAUAUACCAGUUGAAUGGCAAGUUGACAACAUCUCAAGUGGUAAAUCAUUUUGUAAUCGAGCAGUGAAAGGGUUGCAAAGGGGUAAAAUUGUUUAUUUUGCCAAUAUAUCAUUGACGAAAAAGAACUCAUACAAGGAAAGUUAUGCCAAAUGGGAAGAGGAAUCCGCUAAAUUUCAUCAACGUGGCAAAGAUGGUGAUGUUGAAGAAAAUGAAGAUGAUGAAGAUGAUGAUGAGCCAAGAGCCCCUUCAGAGCCAUUCCGAUUUCAAACACCAAUACAUGAAUGGAUCAAGAAAUAUGGUGAAGAAAGUUUAACCGUUUCCCCUUGUGAAUCCAACAUGUUGAGUUAUUUCAAAUUUUGUCCUGAUUUCAUCGAUUUAGACAAAUCAUCAUAUGAACUUGAUACCCCAAUUGCUGAACGUAGAUUCGCAUUCUUGGUAAGAUGGGGCAUUGAUAAUGAACAGGGGUACAAUCAACCUUUGAAAAAUGUUGAUGAGCAGUUUCAAUUUGUUGGAUUGGCUAAUAUAUCCGAUGCAUUGAUUUUGAAUGUCUUGGAAAGAGUAUUGAGAUUACGCGGUGUUCCCAUCAAGGACAACAUGAAGAGAUUUUUUGGAGUUAGUCUUGAUCAUGUUUUGUACAUUCAUGAUAAUGAUUUCGAUGUGACUAAAUGGAUGACUUAUGCAUUCAAGACUAUUCGGUUUUCUCAUGAUAGAGUAUUGUAUGAAGGUGAAUUGUAUAAUCACAAUGGUGUUCAUGUGGCAAGUAUUGUUCAAGAAGGGUUAGUCAGACUUGCUGGAGCUGAACAGAAUGCAAAAUUGUAG